AUGCGCGUUCUUCUCGCCUCCGCUGCUCUCGCAGCCUCAUGCAACGCACUUUCUCUCCCCUUCUCUGUGCGGGCUGAUCCUGCACUCACCCCGCUUCCGCUUAACGCCUUCGACACACCAAAGUUCGCACGCCUACUCACGCUUGAUCAAGCACAAUCAGGUGCAAACGCGACGGUCACGACCAUCAAGCCCCAGGAUCUCCAAGCAGCCAAAGAUCAACAGCCUAAGCUUGUUAUUCCUGUCAACGUGACCUUGCCAAAUACUCCACGAAGUCUAGAGGAAGAGCUUGUUGAUUAUGAAAAGAGGCAGAGUGUCUGCUCUAACGUCCGGACUCGUGUGGAGUGGGAUGCCGCUACCAGCGCUCAGCGACAGGGAUAUAUUAAUGCGAUUAAGUGCUUAAUGACUAAGCCUGCGUCAGGCCAGUUCCCUACCUCUAGGAACAAGUACGACGAUCUAGUUGGUCUCCAUCAGGUUUUAACCCCCCAAGUGCAUGGGAAUGCCAAGUUCCUGCUCUUCCACAGAUACUAUACCUGGACGUUUGAGUCCCUCCUGCGUGAAUGCGGCUUGACUGGACCCCUACUAUGGUUUGACGAGACACGCUACGCUGGAAACUUUCCUGCUUCGUCUAUUUUCAGUGCUCAGUGGUUUGGAAGUGUUAAUGUUGGUGGCAAUUGUGUAACAAACGGACAAUUCGCAAAUACGCCUCUUGUUUAUGGACCAGGAAACACUAACCGGCUCCACUGCCUUUCUCGUAACAACAACAAUGCACAGACGAGAAAUACAGGAGCCUCUAUGGUUAAUGCCUGCAACAGCCGCUCCAGCUAUGCUAGUAUGGCGUCUUGUGCCGAAGGUGGUGCCCAUGCAUGGGGCCAUAACGGAAUCGGAUCUGUGAUGUCCGAUGUAUAUGCAUCCCCUUCUGACCCUGUGUUCUUCUUACACCACGCUUUUAUUGACCGCAACUUCCGUACAUGGCAAAACAACGGAGGCACUUUGCGUACCUCAACCAUCACCGGAACGGACGCCUCCGGCCAACGCUUGUCGCUCGACUCCCCGAUCACCGUUAACGGUAUUCGUCCUGACGUUACUAUCAGGCAGGUCUUGGAUACAAGGGGCACCCUGUUGUGUUACACAUAUGAUUAUUAG